AUGUACGCCGUAUUAAAAAACUUAAUGUUGCCUGGUGAAAUUAAAACUCAAAAAUUUGAAACAGUCAUCUCAAAAUUAAAAGAUUACUAUUGUCCAAAACAGCUAGUAAUUUCAGAACGAUACAAGUUUAACUCGAGGAAGCAGAAAGAAGGUGAAUCAGUCAACGAUUUUAUCAUCGAAUUGCGUCGUCUUGCCUCGAGCUGUAAGUUUGAUGCAUUUUUGGAUCAAGCUUUAAGAGAUCGGUUGGUUGCCAGUUUAAGUGAUGACAUAAUGGUACGUAAACUAUUAGCUGAACCUAGUGCACUAUCAUUCGAUUCUGCGUGCAAAACUGUAAUGGAUAUGGAUACUGUAAGGAAAAAUACAGCCGUCAUGCAUGAGCGUGUUGAGGCAGAGACCUUGUCUAUUCGUCAAAAGUUCAAAAAUCAGUCAUCCAAAUUACAAUCUCACAAACACGAAGAUGUAUCGUCAAAAGCUAUUCAAAAAAAGAAGUAUGUUGGUGAGCGAAACUCCAGUCAUGGAAAUGCUUGUGGUCGGUGUGGUCGAAAAUCUCAUUCAAAGUCAGAGUGUCCAGCCAAGGAUUGGGUUUGUUUCAACUGUUCAAAAAAGGGACACACGUCUCAUAUGUGUAGAAAUAAUAAAAAGUCUGUGAAUAAUGUAGAAAUUAAUAACGUUUUUAGUAAUGCCCUUAAAACAACUGUUUGUAUUAAUGAUAUCACAUUUUUAGAUUUUGAGGUGGAUUCAGGCGCAGCUGUCACUCUGUUACCAAUGAAUGUCUAUAAUGCAGAGUUGUCGGGUUUUUUACUUCAGCCAAGUGAAGUUAGGUUGAUCACUGCAAAUUGGAAGUCUAUGAAAACCAUGGGUAGAGAUUGGUUAGACAUAGUUAAUCCACUGUGGAGGAGUCAGAUUGUGUGUACUAAACAAGUGGAAGUUUUGGUGGUGAAUGAUAGGUCAGUGGAAAAGUUUAAAGUUAAAUAUCCUAAAGUAUUUUCUAAUAAUGUGGAGCCAAUAAAGGUGUUUGAGGCUACUAUUGUGCUAAAAGAAAAUGUGGUACCAGUGUUCCUUAGAGCGUAUGAUGUUCCCUAUGCGAUUAGAGAUCAGGUGAUUAAAGAGUUGAACGCUUUAGAAAGCCAAGGUAUCAUCACAAAAGUGUCACAUAGUCAAUGGGCAUCUCCAAUUGUGUGUGUUCCACGUAAGAAUGGUAAAAUCCGGUUAUGUGUCGAUUUGAAAGUCACAGUAAAUAGGUAUGUAGAAAUGGACUAUUACCCCCUUCCUAAAAUUGAUGAUAUUUUUAAUUCACUAUCAGGUUGUAAAUAUUUUUGUGUGUUGGAUCUUACUAAUGCAUAUUUACAAUUAAGUGUAGCUGAUUCAUGUAAACAUUUAUUGACUGUCAAUACUCAUGUUGGUUUGUAUUGCUUCAAUAGAUUGUGUUUUGGGUUAAAAUCAGCACCACCAAUUUUUCAGUCAGUUAUGGAUUCUGUUGUCAGAGGUAUUCCACGAGUUGCAGCUUACUUAGAUGAUGUGGUGGUUGGAGGUGCAAAUUUAGAUGAAUGUAAAAGGCACUUAGGAAGCGUUUUAAGUCGGUUUGAAAAGUAUAAUAUUAAAAUUAAUACAGAAAAGUGUCAUUUUUUUAAAGAGUCCAUCGAUUAUCUUGGUUAUCGGUUGAAUGGUAGUGGUUUGUAUCCUAAUCCAGAGAAAGUGGAUGCUAUUAAAAAUGCACCUGUUCCAGUAAAUGUGACUCAACUCAAAUCUUAUUUAGGUCUAUUAAAUUAUUAUCAUACAUUUUUGUCGUUAUCCUCACUAUCUGAUGUAAUGGAACCGUUAUUAAGCCUUACUCGUAAAAAGUCUGAGUGGAAUUGGUCUUCAAAAUGUGAAAGAGCAUUUAUCAAGACAAAAGAUUUAAUAGCUGAAAAGUCUUGUCUGGUGUUAUACAAUAGUAAUUUACCUUUGGUUGUAGCAACAGAUAGUAGUUCUUAUAAUAUUGGUGCAGUCUUAAGCCAUAUCAUAGAUGAUAGGGAACAUCCUAUUAUGUUUGCAAGCACCACUUUAUCUGAGACUGAGAAGCGUUAUAUGACAGAUCAUGAGCCAUUAAAACAAAUAUUUAAUCCGUCUAAAAGUAUUCCACAGUUAUCUGCUGCACGUCUGCAACGUUGGGCUAUUAUAUUAGCUGCUUACAAUUAUGAAAUAGUUUUUAAAAAAGGAGAAUGCAAUUCUAAUGCUGAUGGUCUUUCACGUUUACCUUUAGAGUCUAAGGAAUCAGUUGAUAAUGAAUGUUGCUUGGUGUCGGUGGUAGCAUCGUUUGAAGAAAAGUUACUAACGUUUAAGAAUAUUGAACAAGAAACCUGCUUGGAUGAUAUACUAGUAAAAGUGGUUGGUUGUUUAAAUAAUGGUUGGCCACAUUUUUCACAGCUGAAUGAUGAGUUAAAACCAUUUUAUAAAAACCGUCUUAAGUUGUCGCUUGAAUCUGGUUGUAUCUUGUUUGGUAAUCGUGUUGUCAUUCCAAAACGUUUGCAAGUACAAGUCUUAGAUAUACUGCAUAAGGGUCAUCCUGGAAUAGUGCGUUGUAAAUUGUUGGCUCGUUCAUAUGUUUGGUGGCCUACUAUAGAGGUUGAUAUUUUAAAGUAUGUACAAUCAUGUAUGCCAUGUCAAGUGAAUCAGUAUGAUAAAAUUAAAAAAAUAUAUGCUCCUUUGCCAGAAACCUCACAAACUUGGAUGCGCUUACAUUUAGAUUUAUUUGAUGCCCAGCAGUGCAAGUUUUUAAUUUUAAUUGAUGACUAUUCCAAGUGGAUUGAGGUAUGGCUGAUGCAGAGUACUGACACUAAGUCUGUAGUGGAUAAACUAAAAUCUUGUUUUGCUUGUUUUGGGUUGCCAGCAAUAGUAUUAGCUGAUAAGGAGCCUCCAUUUAACAGUGAAAACUUUAAACAGUUUUUACUUAAAAAUAAUAUAAAAUAUAUGAAUUCACCUCCUUAUAACCCAACCUCUAAUGGGUUAGCUGAAAGAGGUGUUCAGACCAUAAAAAAAUACUUAUUAAAGAAUGUUGUGGCUGGGUGUCCACCGGGGAAAGAAGUAAUGAAGGAUAAAUUAUUAGGGUGCCUAUCUAAUUACCGUAAUACACCUUGUACAACUACACAGGUUGCUCCAGCAGAACUUAUGUUUAAAUUUAGAACUAGGACCCAGUUAUCUUGGUUAAUUCCCAAGAGUAAAGUGCAGUUAGAUUUAAAUACACCUGUCACCAGGGAAUUUAGUAUUGAUGACAAAGUCUUGAUUAAGAAGAACUUCAUUAAUAAAAAGGGUUAUACUUGGGAGUUGGGUAGAGUAACAAAAAAAAUUGGGUCAGUAGUUUAUUUGGUUAAAGUUAAUGAAAAAAUAAGGAAAGUGCAUCUUAAUCAAAUGAGAAAGAGUUAUUUAGCUAAUCAUCUCCAUUCACCUAAGUCUUUAUCGGUUUGUGAAGAUCUUAGUUUCAGUAACUUGGGCUCACAUUCCAAUAAUACAACAAACAUUAAUGAUACAUUGGGUACAAAGUUGACAACACGCCGAUAUCCAGAGAGAGAGCGUAAGGCACCUGAUAGGUAUCAACCUUAG